GGUGGCACACGGUCACACCGCAGAAGCGGGCAUUUGUUUAAAUUGAACAGGUGUGGCGUCCUUUUUGUUUGAGAUCUUCUUUUGAGAAACCCGGUUGGAAAAUGUUUACGCCCAGGCAGAAAGGAUACGGAAAUGGCUUCAUGCCCUCGCCCCAAACACCUCUGAGCUUCAGCCGGGAGCUGCGUCAAGUGCUGCAGGAGAGGAAUCUCCUAACCGCCAAGUCGCGCAGAAAAGUUUGCUCCAUGCUGGACAGCAACAACAGCAGUCCAAUUGGCUCGCCCAAUCCGGAGUCGGGUAAACGUUUGGGAUUCCGGCGGCAGGCCAUCCAGGAGAUCAUCUCGUCUGAAAAGUCGUAUCUGGAGCAGCUGGAGCUGCUGAUGAACUACUUUGUGCGCCCUUUGAAGGAGCAGGCCAUCAUCGAUUGCUCCAAUCACACCCUGCUUUUCGGUCAGAUCGAGAUGAUACACAAUCUGAACGGAGAAUUUCUGCGGGAACUGGAGGCGAACAUGGAGAACGUGGCGCAUGCCUUCCUGAAAAUGGCCCCCUUUUUCAAACUGUACUCGGUGUAUGCCUUCGACUACCGCGGUGCCCUAUUCAUCAUCCAGGAUUUAAUCAGCAAAAACCCGGUGUUCAGAAAGUUUCUGGAGCAGACCGAGAGUCGUCCGGAGGUGCAGCGCAAGCUCAACUCACUCAUGAUUGUGCCCAUCCAGCGGGUUCCCAGGUAUAAACUACUGCUAGAGCAAGUUCUGCUCUACACGAGUCCCGCCGAUGCGGACUACAAAUCCCUGAAGGAAUCCGUCAAGGAGAUCGAGGCCACCGCCAGCCACAUAAACACCUGUGUGGAGGAGCAGGAAAUCACGCAGUAUCUGAUUCACCUGCAAAACUCCCUGGUUAACCGGACGCCCAACAUUGUGAAGCCCUCGCGACGGGUGAUUAAGGAGGGCGUUCUACAGAAGAUAACCCACAAGGGCACGGAAAUCAAGCGGUACUGUGUGCUAAUGUCGGACAUAUUCAUGUACUGCAAGAUGAUCAAGGAACGUGCUCCCAAUACCGUGGUGGAAAACUCCCUGGAGUGCUGCUGCAUUUUUCCCUUGAAAAAGUGCAAGGUGUACGAAAUGCUGCCGGGUAACUUCAAACUGACUUGCCAAAGUGAUGGCAUCAUUUUUGGCAGUGGCGACGUGCAGCUGUCGCGCACUUGGGUGGGCUUCAUCCGCGAUGCCAUAGAUCUGCACGUACAGUGUCGAAAAACCCUACGAAAAGACUCGAGUAAAAGGACGCCCAUACGCAAAAAGGACAUGAAGAAGUUCGGAGCUGAUUAUGUACUGAGUCCCAACAAGCGCAAAUGCGAAUAUGAGACUGUUUUUCGCAACAAGAAUCGCAGCACAGAUUCCGAAGAGGAGACCGAGGAAAGUGCGUGCUUUCCGCGCAAGCGAAAAGUGCCCAGUGGUCUCUUAAGGACUCCAACUUCAAAUUUCAUGGGAAAGCCAAUUGCCUCAUCGUCUAUCAAACGCGUGGCGCCCCCACCACCUCCUCCUCCUCCCCCCAACGAUGUGCAGAUGCGGCACAAGACGGAAAGAGUGGGAGAUUCGGCCUGCAAGGAGAAUCGCAUCUCCAAGCUGUACAAGAAGAUUGCCACCGGUGACAAAGUGGCCAAUGUUCGGGGGAUCUUAAAGCGCACCAAUGUGCCGGCACCCAGCAACGACCACGAUCCCAGCUAUGGAUUUGCCAGUCGCUACUCGGACUCCAAAUCCUAUUUUAGGGCUCACAAUGUGGACAACACUAUACCAACAUUUGUGAAGCGCGAGGAUCUAUUCAACGGAGAGAACAUGUUUCCCGUGCAUUUAAAGAGCCACGAGGAGAUCUGCUCACCGCCGCAGAAGAAGCGGGUCAAGUUCGACGAUACCUUGGAUGCAGUGUCUCCGGUGCUGGACCAGAAGCCCUUUGCAUUCUCAAGCGAUGGAGCCACCACACAAAAACCCACUUCAUUGCGUGAGCGAAUUUAUGAUUUCUUUGCCAAUCUAUUCUAGAACUAGAUGACUUCAAACUAAAUCGUAUACAUUACUCAUCGUUUACAAUAUUUAACCACAUCAAUAAAAUUAUUUACAAUUCGGAUCAUUUAGA